AUGAUAUCAGAUGAUGAUGUCAUGUAUGCUGAAGCUUUAAAGAAAUAUACGGCACAGACGAGAAGUGUUUUGGCAGGAGACUUGGAGACAUAUUGUGAAUUAUGUAUUGGCAGAACCUAUGUCUGGAUAGAGGAAGAGAAAACUGGAGUUAGAGAGAACAUACAUCGCAUCAGGGAAAUACCAUUCAUUACUCAAGAUCCAGAUGACAAAACAGUCUUUGGCUUUGUGUCCAGUCACCAUAUUUACGAAAAUAUUUAUGAGCUUUAUGCUUUUAAGUCCCAAGAAGCAGAGGUUAUCAUUAAAACCUUGAGGGAAUGUAUCGGACCUGCGACUAAUAUCAUGACAGAGGCGGCCGGAUCAUUAAAUGUUGGAUCUAUGGUAGAGGUUCCUUGCUGAAUGGUAUUCAAAUAUAUGGUGUUACUCGCUGGAUGGGAAAUAUGUCACAAGUGAAGGAAAAGGAUAAACUCAAGUGAUCCCUAUCCUCCACUUCUGCCUCGG